UUGUUGCUAACGGAAUUUUCGGUUAUGUGGCGCCUGCAUGUGCGCGCCAGUGUGUGUGUGUGUAAAAGCCAGUGAAGAAGGAAAAAGAAAAUCAAGCCUCAACAAUUACAAAUACGCCAUACAAAAAGGAAAACCCAAGUGCAUACGAGUAAAAAGUUCGCAUCGUUCUCAAAUUGCUGCAAAACGAUAAUUAGAUUGGCUAUUGCGGCAAACGUCAAGCCCAGGGCAGCAGCAGUAUUAAAGGCAGCAGGAGUGAAAAGCACCAGCAGCAGCGCAGCAAAAUGUGCGUCCGGGAGCAUUGACUGACGUCUACUAAACCAAAAAGAACAACCACAGAAACAACGGCGGUGGCAACAACAACAAGAAUAGUAGCAGCAACAACUUUACAUCUACUCUUCACUAUUUGGCGUGUUGGGCGGCAUCACAUAAAAUGCAUUUACAUUUCGAACGCAACCUCAACACAAAAUGCGACUGCACGAUACUCUCGUUAUCAUGGAUGGGAAAGGUGCCAGAUGACAUACCCGAGGAUGAGGGCUGGAAGCUCAAUCGCACCAAUUACUAUCAGGAAGGCUGGCUGGCCACGGGCAACAUACGCGGCAUUGUGGGCGUCACAUUUACGACGUCGCAUUGUCGCAAGAACAUGGACUAUCCGUUACGGACAAACUACAACUUACGUGGCCAUCGAUCGGAUGUGAUUCUGGUCAAGUGGAAUGAGCCGUAUCAGAAGCUCGCCAGCUGUGACAGCUCGGGCAUAAUUUUUGUGUGGAUCAAAUAUGAAGGUCGUUGGUCCAUAGAACUAAUCAACGAUCGCAAUACUCCAGUCACACACUUCUCCUGGUCACAUGAUGGACGCAUGGCAUUGAUUUGCUAUCAGGAUGGUUUUGUCCUGGUCGGUUCAGUGGCCGGGCAACGUUACUGGUCGUCCAUGUUGAAUCUGGAGUCUACGAUCACUUGCGGCAUUUGGACGCCGGACGAUCAACAAGUUUAUUUUGGCACCACGCAGGGUCAAGUGAUUGUUAUGGAUGUGCAUGGUGCUAUGGUGUCGCAGGUACAACUAUCCAACGAUGUGCCUAUUACUUCGAUGGCCUGGUCCUGCGAGAAAUUCAAAAUGGAGGAGGGCGAAGAGGCGGAACCUGGUGUAACCAAUGCCUCCAAACGCUCUUUCGUGCUGGCGGUUAGCUUUCAAAAUGGCUAUAUUUAUUUGUUAAAGUCGUUCGACGACGUCUCACCCGCACAUAUCAAUACCUACCUUAACGGAGCUCUUGGCAUGGUCAUGGAGUGGAGCAAUUCCCGUGAGCUUCUCGCCGUUGCAGGCACACUCCGUAUGGGCAUGGAUGGGAAGCUGGAAGAACUGGGCACACCAACGUCGUACAACAAUCUGGUUAAGUUCUAUACGGAGACGGGAAAUUGCUUGUAUCAGGCGCACAUUCCAUGCACUACAACCACCGUCUCUGCCAUCACCUGGGGACACAACGACAAACGCCUGUUCAUUGCCACAGGCACACAGGUGCACAUUGCUUGGGUCUCCAGACGAGUUGCGUCACUGCAGUUGCUCUGCCGUCUGCAGAUACAGGCAAGCGUAGGCUCCGAAACUCUGUUGCCGCUGCUUCCAUUGCCUUCUAGAAUUAAGUCCCUCAUUGGAAAUCUUUUUGCUCAAACAAUUAGAUGCUGCGUACCUGAUCUUAAGUCGUUGCGUGACUUUGUCUCACGUCCGCCGUUGUGCUCUACACGGCUACAUUGCACCAUGAUUCGACAUGAUGACGAUUCCAAUCUGAGCUCAGGCACCUGUUACACACUGUAUUUGGAAUACUUGGGAGGUCUAGUGCCACUUCUCAAGGGCAAGCGCACUUCGAAAAUACGGCCUGAAUUUGUCAUCUUCGAUCCGCAAGUUAAUGACUCCUCACUCUAUUUCCAAUACAACACAGAGGGUAAAAGCUCAUCCGGCUCUAGUCAGUCGACCACAACAGGUAAUAGCGGACGGACUGAUUCGUCGGACAGCGACUACGAUGAGCGCUUUCGCUAUGGCUCGCCCCGCACGCCCCGCCGAAGACGCGUUCGACCCAAACGACGCAAUCAGCCUGGCGAACGUGUAACUUCUGCAGCUGGUGCGGCCAAUGAUCCUGACAGCUUGGAUGAACUGGCCUAUGUCGAUACGCUGCCCGAGCAGGAAGUCAAGUUGGUCGAGGUGACCUCCAACAUCUGGGGCACGAAAUUCAAAAUCCAUGGACUUGCCAAAACCGUCCCAGCCAAUUUAGGCCAAGUAACAUAUAAGACGUCCCUAUUGCAUUUGCAACCGCGUCAAAUGACCCUAGUCAUUACCGAGCUGCGCGACGAUUUUCCACCCGGGCCCGAUCCUAGUUUUAAUCCCAACCUUUUCUCUGAGGACGAAGACGAGCAGCAGCACAACAAUAACAACAACAAUAACAAUAAUGGAAAUGUUGCUCACGAUAAUGUGCCACAUGUUAAUGUCACAGCGGCCUCUACUUUGGUUCAGGAGGCGCUCAAUGUGGCUUCAUUAAAGCCACCGGCAAUACCACAGCGUCGUUUAAAUGAUGGCGGCUCUGCACCACCCAUUGCGCCCAUGUCACCACGUCCCAAUCGUAUUCUGGCACGGCAUAAGAAUUCGCUAACUGUCGGGGGAUCCGUCGGUGGCUCAGGUAGCGCAGGAAUCAGUCCAUUGGCGCGAGCUGAAUCCUACGAUGAUGACUCGUCCAAUGAAUCUCAGGAGGCAGCCGGCAAUAGUGCACAAUCUACCACAGUGUUGCUUCACAAUGCCGCACUACCCAGUACAUCGAAUGGAACCGUCCCAAGCAGUAAUAACAGUAGUAGCAAAAUUAUGCGCCCCAAAAACAUAACCGCUACAACUCCUGGAGCACGAAGUGGUCCUGGGGCCGGCUACAGUGGCUUUAAGAACAAUUAUAGUCGCUCUAGCUCCAACUCGAGCUGUCAGUCACGUCAUGCUAUCUCACCACUUUAUUGUGAUGGAGCUGUGCCCACAUUGCAAUCGCCAAAAAAUGCGGUUGCACCCUCCGAUAUAAUAUUCGAACGCCCUGCUGUACCCGCAGUGGGACAGACCACACUCAUGUCCUAUUCCAGCAACGCGGACUACGCCAACAAUGUUGUGCAGGUGAAGAACGCUCUGAUGUCGGAACCCAUGCGCUCGGCCACGAGUCAUGUAAAUCCUGUGCCACUAAAUCUUAAUUUAAACCUCGAGCGCAUGGAUGCUGCUGCGCGUGUAAAGUGCUUGCCUUCAACGUCCAAACGACGCGACAUGCUCUACAUAGAUGAGGAGACACAAUCACCCAAUGCAUUGGCAACUCCAGCCUCUGAGCUGCGCAUGAAACGCACACCCACAGUUGUGUCCAUUGCGCCUGCGUUGCCCGAUUCCAUAACACGCAGUUGUAGCGUUGGCUAUCUCGAUUCCGUGGCUAUAACGCCUUCCGAUGAGGCGCUGACAGCUCUUCGUAAGGAUGCGCCCAACAAGCGGCUGGUUUUGGUGGACAAGAGACGUAAUCGGCGCAAACGUAAUCAGCAAGAGGAUAUGCGCAAGCCGAAGUUGCAGCAAACUGGAAAAUCCAAAAGUUUGGACUCUUGUGAUUUGUUAUCGGUACAAACGAAGUUGUCCAGUAAGGAAACGGAGAAGGUUGUCAAGAAACUGCAGGAGAUCUCAGACAGCAGCGCCUGCAGCAGUGCAGCCAACACCCUCUGCUUCAAGUGCCGCAACAAUAUGAAUCUGAGUGACGCAUGCAAGCGUUGCCAGCCGGCUGCAAAAUCAGCACUGGACGAGAUUUUAGCGGCUGAGCCCCUAAAUGAAGUUGCGAAAACGACGACAAACCAAAGCAAACAGAAGACACCGCAGCAGGCGUCAGGGGCUCCGACUCCGAAAAAACGCUUUGAUGUUAUCACUAGCUUUACGGAUAGUCCGCUAUUUACGCGCAAGCAUCGUUUUGGCAAUGGACGUAAUAAGGAGCUAACAGCUGGCAGCACUACAGAGAACUCGACACCGGUGCUGGGACGCAAAAAUGAGAACAGUUUCAGUUUUGUGAAGCAGUUGUCCGAAGUGCGUUGGCGACGUAAAGAUAAUACAACGCCUAGCAGUCAAAACAGUCAACCAAAUGAAACCAGCAAUGCGAGCUCCUUGGGACGCCAGCAUUCUGCCUCCAGCGCAGAUGGAAAUACUGGAUGUGUGGCUGGCACUGUGGAAGCAACGCCAGUAGAAGCUAAAACAUCCGUUUCGCUGCACACCCAGGCACUUACCACACUGGAAAACAUCAUCAGCCGCUUGCGUGAUCUGGAUGAGGGUCGCUUAACGCCACCUUCCACACCACAACGUCUGCCGCGCAGCUCUCCAGCCUCACCUGCCGCCACUAAGAAAAACAAACGCCAGCAAAGCAACUCGCCUAUACGACAUAUACUCAACUCGCCACUUCUCAAUCGUAGACAGCGCAAAAAACAGAGCAUAAUCGAGAGCUCCGAUGAUGAGGGCAAUCUGACUAAUGGGUCCGGCGAAGAAAUGGGCGCGACCAAUGGCAACAGCAAACAAUAUCGCGAUCUCGAAACAUUCCAAAAGGCGCAGCUGCGUCAGAAGCUGAAACGUGGAAAGAUUGAGCCCAAUGGUACUGCUAGCUCGGCGAACCCAGCGCCCGUACGUCGGGAAUUCGUGAUGCAUAACAAAGCCCCAAUGUGGAAUGAGAUGAGUCAAGUGUACCAGCUAGAUUUUGGAGGACGUGUUACACAGGAGUCGGCCAAGAACUUUCAAAUUGAAUUCCGCGGCAAGCAGGUCAUGCAAUUUGGACGCAUUGAUGGAAAUGCCUACACUCUGGAUUUCCAGUAUCCGUUCUCAGCACUGCAGGCAUUCGCCGUGGCUCUUGCCAAUGUCACGCAGCGUCUAAAGUAAACGGCUAUCUGGAUCGUUCUUCAUUGUACUUAUAUCACAUACUAUAUGCUCCAAUCACGCAGAGCUCGCGGCACCUGCUUUUUGUGUGCAGGCACCCGAUUUUCUUUGUGCGCUUGUCCAUCUACCUAUGCCAUAUUUGAAUGACUUAUGCUAUAUAAUAUUUUUUAUACGUGAGCGUUUUCAAGUCUUGCACUUUAUGCCAUAAAUAUGUAAAGCGCCAAUAAUUAGCGGCAAUGCUUUUAUUUGUAAAUACGUAUUGUGUAUGUGGUUUUUAGGUUUCCGAAGAUGCCGAUACCGUAUAUAUACAAAAAACAUAUACCACCACUUGAUUGAAGGUUUUUGCAAUUCGCAAUGGGGAUGCAAACUCACUGUCCGAUCCAUUUUUUGUGCAAUAUUUGUAUGACAAAUUUUUUGGGUUAAGUAUUUUUUAAGGUGCGUCAAGUGUGAAUGAUAGGCAUACGUAUAUUAAUAAUGGAUAUUUUAACAACUAUUUUUCAGUCGUUUUUUAAACUAGUUUGUACACGACAGCAGCCUUUCUUGCAUAUAUGUAACUAUGUUUUGUUUUCGGGUUGGGUGCAAUAACAACCAAUUGAACGUCAACAAUUUCUUUCUCGUUAUGCAUAACUAUUGCAACUUUAGCAUAUAGGUGAAAUAAAUAAUGAAACCAAGACAUAUUUCUAAGUAACUCGCUUUGAAAAUAAUAUUAAAAACUAAAACAAAUUAACACGCUUGGCAUCACACUUAAUAAUUAAGCAUAUUCUUAAUGCUAGCAUAUUUUUUUAUAAACUAAUUGUGAAUGUUAACACGGUCAAUGAAAAAAGACAAACUUUGUGCUUUUUCUCUUACUCCUUUUGGUAGUUAGGCCUAAUUUCAAGAAACUUCGUUAUUGUAAUUG